AUGGGAAACUGCUUCAUCUCAAGUAGCAAGAUUGUAUCACAAAAUGCCAAGUUUAAGCAACGAAGUCAUGAAGCAGAUCAAUGGAUCAUCAACGAGACUAAAAGAAUACCUUCCAUGUCAUCUAAGAUGGAGCACCUCAAGCAUGUCCAAGGUGGCAAGGCGAAGAUGGUGAGGUUCAGCUUAAGUGAAGAGGUUAAUAAUGUUGAUGAAGAUGGCGAGGUGGGUGAUGGGACGACGUCUAAAGGUGGCGGUGCUGUGAGGAUUAGAGUUGUGGUUACUAAAGAAGAGUUAAAGCAAAUCUUGAGUUUUAGGGAGAGUAUAAACAACUCUUCUGUGGAGCAAUUGAUAAGUUCUCUGAGGUUGAGAGAGAGGAGCUGGACUGAUCAAGUUGGAUCAAGCGAUGGAGGUAUCAUGAGUACUGGCAGCUGGAAGCCGGUUUUGGGUAGCAUUCCAGAGGGAGCAAGGCCGUGGUCAUCAUUGGAGUAA